AUGCCUAAAAGUCAAAACGAACUAAAAUUGGAGCGAUUAUGCUCUAAACGUGAAACUAUCUUUCGUAGGGCUCAAUUAUGUUACGAUGCCGGGUCGGCCUUAGAAAAAGAUCCAGAAAAUGCCUCAAAAAUGCGUAACUUUGCAGUUAGAUAUAGUACUUUCGAAAAAACUCUAUCAGAAUAUGAGGAAAUUGUUCAAGAUAUCGUUAUAUUAAAACAAGAGAUGGAGCCAGAUGCUGGCGUUGCAUACCAUACGCAUUUAGAUGCAUUUUAUGAUCUCUACUCCAAUAUUGAAUAUUUAGCUUCAUUAUUAAUAAAUAAACCUGCUGUUUUGAGUAAUAAUCCCAAUAGUACUAAUAAUUCUACUAUUAAAAUGCCCAAAUUUGAAUUAGUUAAGUUUGAUGGUGAAGAUAUAUCUCUGUGGCCUGUUUUCUAUGAAAAUUUCAAACAAUUUGUUCAUAACAAAAUAGAAUAUCCCAAGUCCGAUAAGCUACAUUUUCCAAAUGUUUCUGAAGCUAUAGUUACACACACUCAGUUAGUGAAUUUGUUUCAAAAAGGUGGUUUUAAAUUAACCAAAUGGAUGUCGAACUCGAACGAUCUACUAUCGACAAUCCCCGAACCCCUUCAAUUGGUCAAAACCAAACAAUUUGAUAAGUCAGUCUCCAAAGUGUUAGGAUUGCAAUGGGAAGAAAAAUGUGACAAUUUUAGUUUUGGGUUAGAAAUACCCUCAUCGACCCGUUGUACAAAAAGAAACAUGCUCUCACUUGUUGCUCGUAUGUUUGAUCCCUUGGGAUUCCUAUCUCCUAUAACCCUCUUGCUUAAAAUUUGGAUAAAGAAACUUUGGACUCUAAAGGUAGAUUGGGAUAGUACCGUACCAAAAGAAAUCGAAAUAGCAUGGGAAAAGUUUCAAAAUGAAUUUCAUGUCCUAUACAAAAUACAAAUUCCACGCCAUAUAGCAGUUACACCUAAUUCGUCGUUGUCUUUUGUAGGAUUUUCAGACGCAAGUGCUGCUGGAUACGCAGCCAUUGUUUAUUCCAGGGUUGUUAAUUGUACAGGUCAAGUUAAAGUUACUUUACUGUACUCUCAAUCUAAAGUAUCUCCAAUGUCUAAAAUAACUCUUCCUCGAUUAGAGCUUUGUGGAGCGCUUCUUCUCUCAAAGCUUCUUUCACAUGCUAUUGAAACUUAUUCUCCUAGACAUAAUAUUGAUAAAAUUUUUGCCUUAAGUGAUUCCAUGAUUGUAUUAAAUUGGAUAAAGUCCUCAGAGAAAAAUCUCAAAAUAUUUGUUCAAAAUAGAGUUGUUACAAUUCAUAAGAUGGUUCCGUCAGAGUAUUGGUUUUUUGUUCCUGGAAAGGAAAAUGUUGUUGAUUGCGCCUCUCGAGGUUUGUUUCCUUCUUCGUUAGUCAACCAUUCCACAUGGUUUACUGGUCCAAAUUGGUUACUGUUGGAGCCAGAAUAUUGGCCUAUUCAGUCUGUCAACGGACAGGAAAUUAUGAUUUGUGAUUCUGAAUAUAGAUCACAAACCUUCUUUGGUAAUGUCACUCGUGUAAUUUCUCCGCUGUAUACUCUUAUUGAAUAUUUUUCCAGUUGGUCGAAACUUUUAAAUUCCACAGUAUACGUAUUGAGAUUUCUUAGAAAAUUGUCUUUAAAUAAACGGAUAUCUCUAUUUGAUUUAAAAAUUGCAGAAAUUGAAUUAAUUCGAGCUGUCCAGCAAAAGCAUUUUUCUGAAGAAUAUAAAGCCCUUUCUCAAAAUCUCGUUGUAAAAUCUUCCAUACGUCGUUUGAAUCCAUUUAUUGAAAAUGGAAUAAUUAGAGUAGGUGGACGUUUGUCCAACUCCCAAUGUAGUUUUGAACAAAAACAUCCGAUUUUGUUGCCCAAAGCCGAUCCUUUAACCAUUUUGUUAAUAGAUUAUUUCCAUAAAUUGCAUUUACAUGCUGGAGCGCAUUGUUUUAGACGUUGCCCUGCCUCAUUACUGUGUGACAGUGGUGCAGACUUUUCAGCUAUUAAAAGACUAGGUGGCUGGAAAUCGACUGCUGUAGCAGAAGGUUAUAUAUAA